UGUAGUAAGAUGGCGAUGAGUGUACUUCCUGUUCAAGAAGGCACUUUUGAUUCUGCGCUGGAGCGGUCGGGAGUGCUGGUACUAAUAGUCGUGUGUGAUAAAAUUAUCGGGGGGUGGGACCAGGGCUUCCAGGCAAUUAGUCACCAUGGAAAAUGUCCCUCAGCAGUUUCCGUCCUACAUGGACCCAAGUGAGGAGCUCUCCUGUGGGGAUCAUGAAAGUGUGGAGAGCAGGUUGAUAAAGGGGCUGCGGGAGUUAUACCAGGCUGAGGAGCUCUGUGACACCACGGUGGUUACUGAAAGCAGAAGGUUUCUCUGCCACAGGGUGGUCCUGUCGUCGGUCAGUCCUUAUUUCCGGGCAAUGUUUAGCAGUUCUAUGAGGGAAGCAGAGCAAGGAGAGGUGGUGUUGGCAGACAUCCCAGCGCCUGUAAUACAGACAGUGCUGAACUUUAUCUACACUGGUGAGGCCACCAUCAACCUGGACACAGUUCAGGAGCUGUUUACAGUUUCCAGUCGGCUGCAAAUCGUCGCCCUGCAAGAUCUAUGCAGCAGUUACCUAAAUAAAACACUGAACAGUGACAGUUUCUUUUGGAUUUACCGAUUGGCUCACAGCCACAACUGCAGGUGCCUUCUGGAAGCCGCAAUACAAUAUAUUGGUUGCCAUUUCAUCAGUAUUUCUAAAGAAGAAGACUUUCUCCAACUUGAUCUGAAAGAAUUAACUCCAAUACUUUCCUCAGACAAACUGAUGGUUUCUUCAGAACUUGAUGUCUACCAUCUUGCCCAGCGUUGGUGGAGAUUUAACUGCUGCAGGUACACCUCUAUUCCUGAAGAACUUGCAAAGACCAUCCGCUUUUAUUUGAUGAGCCCUCAAGAGCUAAAGGAGGUUGAGGAAGAGUUCCAUAAGGAAAUAUCUUCCCAGCAACCGUUGUCCUUCCAACUUCGGCAAGGAAUGUUUGAAGAUAGAAUUAUUUGCAUGGAUAUUAUGGACAGAGAGCGCAAUAUACUUAAAAAGGAUUAUCUUCUGGAAACGUAUAAUCCAGUUUCCGGAAUUUGGGGAAAGUUGCCUUUCCCAAAGUACCUUUCAGAUUCCAGAGUUCUGGUAGAAGGGAGAUAUUUAUACAUAUCAGGAGGCAAAAAUGAGGAUGAAACUCUAACGGACGAACUAUAUGUUUAUGACUCUGUAAUGAAUGAUUGGAGUCGGUUACCUUCUAUGAGGGUUCCAAAAGUUAACCAUGGUUUUGUAGCUCAUGCUCAGAGGUUGUAUGCCCUGGGGGGCUGGGAUGGAAGAGAAAUCAUUAAUUAUGCAGAGUAUUAUAGUGUGCCAGAGAACUGCUGGAAAAGUCUUCCAAAUCUUCCACUGCGCUUACAUGACUUUGGAUGUGCACAGUUAAAGGGCAAAUUGUAUCUCAUUGGUGGAUCAACAACAAUAUCAAAGUCUAUUGUUAAACAUCUAGGGUUUCUUAUAUAUGACACAGCUUCAGAGACAUGGAGCCAUUUUCCUUUAAAAAUGCAAAUAUCUUCCGCAGGAGCAAUUAAGUUAAGUGAUAAGAUCUUGGUGAUUGUAGGCUAUGCCCGUACUUACCAGGACCGCUAUGAACCAUUUGACCCACGUGCCACUGACCAGCACUUUGAACAUAAAUAUUACAUGCCACAUGCCUCUGCCCAAUUCUAUAAAUACUCUGAUCCUUGUGCAAAUCCUGGCUUUAUCCCCACCAUCUGUUUUUGUUUGGACAGCGAAGGGCAGUUUUGCAACUGCCCAGUUCCACCAUUUCCUGAAAACAUUAAGUCACCAGGAGUAGUAAAGUGGAAGGACAGAAUUUAUGUCAUGGGUGGAAUUGGCAUGAGGGAAUUUAACGACAAAUUCAUGUACCACUGGGCCCCAGGUAGAACCACCUGGACCAAAGGCGUUGUAGAGCUCCCGAUUUUGUUUGAUGAUUCCUUUGGCUGUGUUACACUGGAGGUUCCUUUGGAACAUUUUCAUUCUCUCAUUCUUGGCAGAAAGGUAACCAGAAUUCGUCCAAAGAGGCAAAUCUUUGAGGAGGAAUCUGACUAGUUUUUUUUUAAACAUUGAAAUGUAAGUCUACUUUUUCAACUAAUAAAGAAUAGCAAAUCUGGAAUCAUG